AUGUUUCCAACCCUGACCCCAAAACACCCGGAGGAGGUUAUGGUAAUCCGGGAGCUGGAAGGGCAAGACAUUAUCACAUGCAGUGUGCCAUUCUCUCGUUUUGGGCUGCUCAGAAUCGGGGGCCGGGGUACAAUCAUUCGCAUGGCGUCUGGGUCUAGCGCAGUUUUCUCACCCGUUGCAUUGACGGAACAUGUGAAAGGGAUCAUCACAGCUCUCAACUCCCCGAUCAAGUUCAUCAUCGCGCCAGAUCUAGAGCAUCACAUUUUCCUGGGGGAUUGGAAAGCAGCAUUCCCGGACGCCAAGGUCAUCGGGCCAGAGGGUCUGCAGGAGAAAAGGGAGAAAAAUGUCAAGACCAAGGAUACGUCGAAGGUCGACUUCGUUUUCACUCCAAAAAACCGGCAUAACCCAGACACGUUCCCCGAGUUCAACGCCGAGUUCGAGACGCAGUAUCUCCCAAGCCACCCGAACCGGGAAAUUGUGGUUUUUCACAAGCCUACGAAAACACUACUUCAGGCAGAUUUGUUCUUCAAUCUACCCGCUACACAGCAGUAUGAAAAGGAAAGGGGCGGUGCAACUCAGGGUAUCUUGACAAAACUGUUCCUACCGGUUUGGAGCACAGAGGGCGAUGCGAUUUGGCAGAAAAGAUUUACCUGGUACUUGCUUGCAGGUAGGAAUCGUGACGAAUGGAAAGAAUCGCUGAGGCGGAUUGAUCGGUGGGACUUUGAAAGAGUGAUCCCGUGCCAUGGGGACGUGAUUGACACUGGUGGAAAAUUGGUGUUCAGGAAACUAUUUGAAUGGUUCCUGAAUGGAGGAUGA